AGGUUGCGUGUGGCAGAUUUACUGAAGUCCUUCAAAGAAACAGGAAAGCAAGAAGCCCAAGAGUCAGCCACAAUGAAGGCCCAUCUGUUAGUCUUGAUUUUGGGAUGCUUAAGUGUAAAGACAGCUUAUGGACUGCAGUGCUAUUCCUGCACUUUAUCUUUAUCCAACACAGACUGUAAUAAGAACACUCAGAACUGCACAAUAGAGACCAGCUGCUACUCCACUGUCACCAGUGCAUUGGGGAUAUCGUCAAUCACUAAAGGAUGUGGUGUCUCUACAAUGUGCAGUAGUAACAUCAACGUAGUCGUGGCAUCCACUUCAACAACCUGCUGCAGUACAAACCUGUGCAAUGUGAACAGUUCAUCCACCUUCAGUCUGAAUGUCUUGCUGCUGGCAGCCUGUGCGGUGGCGCUCUUCAUGUCUAAGAAGAUUACCGAAUAGAUCAGUUUUGAUUAUGUAUUGCCUUUUAAGUUUGCAAAUUGAUAUUAUGUUUGACAUAAAUCGCUCUUAAUUGUCUUGCUUUAAAUGGUAAAAUAAAGCUUGUUUAUUUGUAAUAAUAUAUCCAUCCAUCCAUCCAUUUUCCAACCCGCUGAAUCCGAACACAGGGUCACGGGGGUCCGCUGGAGCCAAUCCCAGCCAACACAGGGCACAAGGCAGGAACCAAUCCCAGGCAGGGUGCCAACCCACCGCAGUGUAAUAAUAUAUGACUCAGAAUAAUUAUCCUACAGAAAAAUGUUACAUGUCAAUCCAGAAUGUUAUUUUUGGAAAAAGUAAAGAAAUCAUUUCAAUAUUUCAUGUCGUCCAUUCUGUAAUUGCUUAAUAUCAAUUGUUGUAUUUUCUGUAAAAAUGACAUACAUUAAAUAGAUGUUACAUAAAAUACAAAAUAAUAAUAAAAAUGAAUUACUAAACCAAA